AUGUCCCGCUUCGUGGGCAAAGUCGCGCGGGGCGUCGGCGGCGCCGUGCGGAACGUAGGCGCCGCGGGCGGCGCGGUCGCGAAGAGCAUCGUCUUCGGCAACGGCGAGAGGGACGACAUCGACGACGGCGGGACGGAGCCCCUCCUGGAGCGCAUCUCAGACGGCGUGCUCGCGGACGACCGUCGAAGUGCCGCGUCGGAGCUUCGAGAUCUGGUCCAGGAGAACCCCGUCGCGCAGGCUGCGAUCGGCUCGAUCGGCCUCACGACGCUGCUCACCGCGCUGAGGGACGAGAGAGAGGACAGCGAUCUCGUGCAGCUGGUCCUAGAGGUGCUCGUGAACGCCAUCACCGCGGGCGGCGGCGCCGGCGCGUCGUCGGCGACGAAUGCGAACGCGAAUGCAAACGCCGGCGGCGGCGAAGCGGCGGCGGCGGCGACCGCCGGCGACGCCGCGGUCGACGCCGCGGCCGCGUCGCCGUCCAACGAGAGCGGCAUCUCCCCCGCGGGCGCGGCGAACGCGGAGGCGCUCGCGAAGAACCCGACGAACGUCGAGCUUUUGCUGUCGCUCCUCGACGAGUCCGACUUUUACGUCAGGUACCACGCGGUUCAACUCCUGACCGCGUUGUCCUCUGUCUGCGCGCACCAGCUCCGGAGCGCGAUCAUGAGCAACCCGAUGGGAGUGGGGAGGUUGAUGGACAUGAUGCUCGAGCGCGAGGUGAUUCGAAACGAGACGCUUUUGUUGCUCAUAUCGUUGACGCGCGGGUCCGAGGACUUGAGGAAAAUCGUCGCGUUCGAAGGCGCGUUUGAACGGUGCUUCAACGUCGUUCGAGAGGAGGGCGCCGCGGACGGGGGCAUCAUCGUUCAGGACUGCCUCGAGCUGUGCAAUAACCUACUCCGAGGCUCGCCGUCGAACCAGACGUUCUUCCGCGAGUCUUCGUUCCUUCAGAAGCUGCCGGAGAUUCUGCAACUCAAGACGCCGCCGCCGACGCCGGGGGGUCCGCCGCCGCCGCCGCAAAAAGCCGCCAACUUGCUCUGCGCGCUCGAGCUCGUGACGUUGCUCGUGUCCACGUCGGGCGCGAAGGCGGGGACGACGAACCCAACCCCAGGCGGCGUCGACGACGCGGUCGCGCUCGAGAUUGCGCAGAGAGAGGCGACGGCGAAGACGCGGUGCCGCGCCGAGAACCAGACGCAGCUCGCGAAAUUCGGAACGCUCGACGCGCUCUUAUCCUUGUGCCUCGGCGAGCUCGCCGUCCCGAGCGUCCCCGUGCGCGUCUUCGCGCUGCGGUGCUUAGGCGACCUCGUCGCGGAGAACCGAUCGUGCCAGGACCUUCUGUUCGCCGCGGAGGUGAACCUCGGCGCGGGGAAGCACGAGCCGGCGUUGCUGUCGUGUCUGCGCGCUGCGACGCGAGGAAAUGACGCCGCGGAACGCGCCGCCGCGGAGGGCGUCUUCGCGCGCGUCCUUCGCGGAAACACGGAGCUCCAGCUGAUGUGCAUCUCCACGAUCGCGCCGACGGGCGUCGGCGUCGGCGACGGCGACGUGUCCUUGGGCGGGUUCCUCGCCAGGGCGCUCGUCGGGAAGACGACGGGCGCCGCCGGCGGACCGGGGGAGCUCUCCGUGUCGUGCCACGCCGCCGCGGUGCUGAGGCACAUGCUGGACGGGAACGCCGCGGCCAAGGCGAAGAUCUUGACCAUCCCGCUCGAGCUCCCGACGUCCGCCGCGUCGCCGCCGGAGCUGCUGCUCCCGCGCAUCGUGCGGUAUCUGUCCGCGGCGGUGCGGGCGUCGUCGUCGCUGGCGGGGAUGGGGAUGGGGAUGGGGAUGGGCGUCGGCGGCGCCAUCGGCGGGUACUUCUCCGCGGAGAAGAUCGCGGAGACCGCGGCGGCUCGGAGAGACGCGGAGAUCCUCCAGGCGGUGCUCCUUCGCAUGCUCAUCUCGUGGCUGCACGGCUGCGCGGACGCGGUGAACGCGUUCCUCGCCCCCGCGGCGCACCUUCCGAUGCUCGCGGACUUGGCCCGCGGCGGCGCGGACCAAGGCGGGUCCCCGCACGUCGCCGGACUCGCGUCCGUGCUCCUGGGGUGCUGCCUCGCGUGCGACGUGGAGAGCGGGCACGUGGACGCGCACGCGGUGUUGGACGUGAUCACGUCGAGAGUGGGGUUGAACGAGUAUUUCGGGCGGUGGGAGGAGAUGCGUCGGACGCGGGAAUUCGUCGCCGCCGCCGCCGCGCCGACGCUCGCGAAGCCGUUGACGAGGGUCACCGCGCAGAGGCUCGUGGAGGUUGGCAACGGCGGCGGCGGCGGGCUCGACCUGUACGACCACGCGAUGGCGUCGUUCAUCGUCGCGUUCGAGGAGGACGUCAAGGCGCGCGUGAUUUCGAUCUACGCGCGUCCGAAAUCCUCCGCGAUCGCGGGGGACGUCGCCGCGUGGGAAAAAACCGCCGGGGAGGACGACGCGGCGCACGCGGUGAGGUUGAAAUCCGCGCUGAAGACGCGAGGGGAGGAGCUCGCGGAGCAGCGCGCGCGUAACGCGGCGCUCGCGGAGCAGUUGAUGGUCGCGGGGCUCGUGCGAGGCGGAGGAGCGCCCGCGCCCGCGGCGCCGCCCGCGUCGCCGCCGGUCGCGGCGCCGCCCGUCGCGGCGGCGCCGGGAGAAGGGGGCGAAGCCGCGGCGGCGGGUGCUGCGGGUGCUGCGGCGGCGGCGGCGGCGGCGGCGGAGGCGGCGAGAGCCGCUGCGACGAAAGAGAGCGGCGAGCUCAAAGCCGCGCUCGAGCAAGCGAAAGCCGCGGCGGAGGACGAGCUCCGGAGGCUCCGAGCCGAGCUCGAAGACGCGAAAGCCGCGGCGGCGUCCUCGGAGGAAAACCUGCGGAGUCUCUCCGAGGCGUACAACGGCCUCGAGGCGACCGCGCACGGCGCCGAGGAGGAGGCGAAGACUCUGCGCGAGCAGCUCGCGGCCGCGACGACGGCGUCCGCGACCGCGGUGUCGUUCGCGCCCGCCGCCCCCGCGACGACGCCGUCGCCUGAGGAUCUCCUCGCGGCGAAGGAGGAGGGUCGCAGAGAAGCCGUGGCAGAGAUGGCGAAACGGCUGGAAGAGACGGCGGCGUCCGCCGCCGCCGACGUCGCCGCCGCGCGCGAAGACGGGCGACGCGAGGCGAUCUCGGAGAUGGCGACGAAGCUCGAGGACGACGCGAUGAGCGCGCCGACGCCGCCGAGGGGCGGCGCGGGGGUGUCGAACGAGGCGUUGCAGCGCGCGAGGGACCACGCCGUCGCGGAGAUGACGACGAAGAUGGAGGAAGCCGCGGCGGAGCACGAGUCCGAGCUUUCGGAUUUGUUGAUUUGUUUGGGGCAGGAGGAGAGCAAGCGCGAGGCGCUGUACGCGCGGUUAGUAGAGAAGCACGGCGAGCGAGAGGAGGAUUUGGAAGUUUUCUUGGAGGAGUGCGUCGUCGAGGACGAGGACGACGAGGACGACGAGGAUUGA